AAUACCUGAGUACAAAUAUUGCCAAAAAUGACAAAUGACAUGAAUGAUCGAACACCACUCUCAACCUAUUCGAUCGAUUCUGUUAUGGAUACGGUUACUUAGACUUGGCUUAUUGGUAUCUUUUAUAUACACAAUGUCUAGUGCUAAAGGUUUCUAUCUGUGAGUCUUUCCAGCCUUCGAAGGUUAUGCAGAUUGUCGUCGCUUGACCACCAGCUUGUUUUCCUUUAAAAAAAAUAAACAAUAGUUAUCUAUCUUUAGCUAAACCACCAAACUAAAAGCCUAACCAUCUAUAAACAAGGAAUAAAACAAUCCAUAUCCUUAAUUCCCCGUUAAACUAUUCAACAAUACUCGCAACGUGCACACCACAAAAUCACAAACUUAAAACUCCUUUUCUUAUACACCCUAGCUCAUUUCCACAACCAAGCUCUCACCAAAGUCAUCUCUCAAACAUUGCCGUCCCCAGCGAUUCAACGAUCCACCAACGACCAGUUUUUCUUAUGGCAGCAGCGGAAACACAGCCGCCACUGCCACCACUACCAGCAUCGUCGCCACGAUCUCAAAACCCCAAACCAUCUACACCAACGGUGAAUACACCUCCGCCUAUCUCCCUCCAACCAUCCACGAAAAAAGGUCCAUCAAAACCUACAAAACUAUUCCAGCGCUUUCGCGCUGUUUUCCGCUCAUUUCCAAUCAUAUCUCCUUCAUGCAAGAUUCCUGUUUCACUCCACGGAAACCGUAUUUUAGACGGACACCUCCAUGGAGGGACACGGAUGACCGGAACCCUAUUUGGGUGCCGUAAAGCUAGGGUUAACCUCGUUAUCCAGGAAAGCCCUAGAUGUCUUCCCAUGCUUGUUCUAGAGCUUGGGAUACCCACAGGAAAGCUUCUCCAAGAUAUGGGAAUGGGGCUUGUUAGAAUAGCCCUAGAGUGCGAAAAGAAACCGGGCCAGAAGAUGAAGGUCGUUGAUGAGCCGAUAUGGGUGUUAUAUUGCAAUGGGAAAAAAUCAGGGUACGGAGUUAGAAGGGAGCCGACGGAGGAUGACUUGAGUGUGAUGCAAGUGUUGCAUGCAGUGUCCAUGGGAGCUGGGGUGCUACCAAAUGAAACUGAGUUGCCAGAUGGUGACCUAAUGUACAUGCGAGCACAGUUCGAACGUGUUGUUGGGUCUAGGGAUUCGGAGACAUAUUAUAUGAUGAAUCCGGAUGGAAACAAUGGCCCUGAGCUCAGUGUGUUCUUCGUCAGGGUCUAAUUCGAUCAAGUCAAAUCUGAGGACAAAAGGUUAAUCAAUAUUGCUGGGAAAGAAAAAAAAAAAAUGGUCCACAUGCAAGGCACGAAGUGUUAAUGUCGUUGAAAGGGUUCGGGGAAAAGUAUAUACACCUCCAAUUGGUCUUCAAUGGAGGCAAUGUUGGGAUUGUAGACCGUGUAUAUCGCAUCUUGCUUUAUGUGGGUAGACCCUACGUUUUGGCCCUGAAAUAUUGCGUCGUGUCUUUAAGUCGUAAUGUUCUUUGUUUGUUCAUGAGAGAAAAGACGUACAAUUUUUUUUUUUCCUUUCAUACUUUGUAAAAGUAA